AUGCGUCGCCACUCAGUGGAGCAUGCAAAGGAGAUUGCGCAGCAGUAUUUCUACCGCAGCGCCUACGAGAGCAUCAACAAAGCCACAGGUCCCCGAAAGCGGUCUCUGGGCCAGGAUGACAUUCAGGUCAUGAUCGGACCAAACGUUGGCGCCGUCAGACAGAUUAUCGAAUUUCUCGAGGUUCCUGUCGUGCCUGGGGAGGCCUUUGCUGGGGUAGACCAGAUGCCAAAGCAGCUCCGCAAUCUGCUCGCCGGCCUGACAGACACAGAGCUUCAGAGACAUGGCCUGUAUCUGCAGAACGCCGACGAUCGUGGCAAAGGUGUGUUCACCUCGAACUCGGUUCCCGAAGGAGAGGUGAUCCUUCAGGCCAGCUGCUUGCUGUUCACCGGUUGGGCGCCGCUGCUCACCUUCUUGCGCAGCAAUGAGGAGCACAAGGAUGCAGCUGCUUGGUGCCAAAAGCAUAAAGACGCUUCGGGCGGGCCUGCGCGUGGGCAAAGGGCGUGCACAGACAAGGUCUUGCGCCUUGAUGGCAUCAACCAGUGUCAGUCCCCGAAGGCGAUGUUCGCAGUGCUGGUCGGGGCAGCCAGGUAUGUGAACUGCUACCACGGGGUAAAAUCUGCGCCGAACGCUGAGUGGUUCCUGGACAUCUCGAAAGGGCCAAACCCGGGCAACAUGAUGGCAUUAAAAUUUACACACCAUGACAGCGCGCGCAGCUGUAAGUGUGCUUGUGAACUUGGUGCGUUCGCUUCAGGCUGCCUUUCCCUCAAGGCAAAGACCCGGAACAGCUGCGGCAUCACCUCCAAGACCGAGAUCCUCGUCAGCUACGGUCUCCAGUAUGACCUCAUUGCGAAGCAGGAAGAGAUGGACGAAGAUGACCUGACCAGUGCGCAGUGUCAGCAGGCUGCUGCUCAAAAAUCGACUGAGCAUGAUGCUGCAAUGGAUGGGGGCACUGAAAAGGAGGAGGCAGAGCCGAGCAGCGCGGCUGAGGCGAGCGAGGAAGAAUAUCUCUAA